AUUAUUUACCCCUCGCCGCUGUCCAGAGGUCCAGUCUUUCUCCAAACACCUAUCGCCUUCUCCCUUCCCUUCUCCACCGUCUCUCUCUCCGCUAGGGUUUCUGCCGCGUUUCCGCCAGCCAUGGGGUCCUCUCUACCUCCCAAGGAGGCGAAUCUAUUCAAAGUCAUCGUCAAAUCAUAUGAAACCAAACAAUACAAGAAGGGGCUGAAGUCUGCGGAUGCCAUAUUGAGAAAGUUUCCUGAACAUGGAGAAACAUUAUCAAUGAAGGGAUUGAUAUUGAACUGCAUGGAUCGAAAAUCUGAAGCAUAUGAACUUGUUCGCCGUGGCCUCAAGAAUGAUCUUAAAAGUCAUGUAUGUUGGCAUGUGUAUGGUCUGCUUUAUCGAUCAGACAGAGAAUACAGAGAAGCAAUAAAAUGCUACAGAAAUGCUUUGAAGAUUGAUCCUGACAAUAUUGAAAUUCUACGGGACUUAUCACUCUUACAGGCUCAAAUGCGAGACCUGACAGGGUUUGUUGAAACCAGACAGCAACUCCUGACAUUGAAGCCAAAUCAUCGAAUGAACUGGAUUGGAUUUGCUGUUUCCCAUCAUUUGAAUUCCAAUGGUUCAAAGGCGAUAGAAAUCUUAGAGGCUUAUGAAGGGACACUUGAAGAUGAUUAUCCUCCAGAGAACGAGCGCUAUGAACAUGGAGAAAUGCUCUUGUAUAAGAUAUCUUUGUUAGAGGAAUGUGGGCGGCUUGACAAAGCGCUUGAGGAGAUGCACAAGAAAGAGCCUAAAAUUGUUGAUAAAUUAGCAUUCAAGGAACAAAUGGCUUCGAUGCUAGCAAAUCUUGGUCGCCUAGAGGAAGGAGAAAAAAUAUAUAGGUCUCUGCUCUUUAUGAAUUCUGACAAUUAUAGGUAUUUUAUGGGCCUGCAAAAGUGCCUUGGUUUAUAUUCUGAAAAAGGUCAAUAUACAUCUGAUGAAGUUGAACGGUUAGGUGCGUUGUAUAACUCACUUAAGGAGCAAUACAGUUGGUCAUCUGCGGUUAAGCGAAUACCACUGGAUUUUUUAGAAGGUGACGAAUUUCGGGAGGCAGCAGACUUCUAUAUAAGGCCUCUACUAACUAAGGGUGUUCCUUCAUUAUUCUCUGAUCUUAGCCCACUAUAUGACCACCCUGGAAAGGCAUGCAUUCUUGAACAGUUAUUUCUUCAGCUGGAAGAUUCAAUUAAAAAGACAGGAUGCUUUCCUGGAAGGACACAAAAGGAGCCUCCUUCAACACUAAUGUGGACUUUGUUUUUGGUUUCUCAGCAUUAUGACAGGCGGGGCCAACAGGAUAUUGCACUAGCUAAAAUUGACGAGGCUAUCGAACACACUCCAACUGUGAUUGAUUUAUAUUCUGUUAAGGGAAGAAUAUUAGAACAUGCAGGUGAUUUAGCUGCUGCUGCUGCUUUGGCAGAUGAAGCUAGGUCCAUGGAUCUUGCUGACCGUUACUUAAACAGUGAAUGUGUCAUGCGCAUGCUUCAAGCUGAUCAGGUUGGGUUAGCAGAGAAGACAGCUGUGUUAUUUACAAAGGAUGGAGAUCAGCACAAUAACCUGCAUGACAUGCAAUGCAUGUGGUAUGAACUUGCUUCUGGUGAGAGUUACUUCCGUCAAGGUGAUCUUGGGCGCGCUCUGAAAAUGUUCUUGGCUGUUGAGAAGCACUAUGCAGACAUGACUGAGGAUCAAUUUGAUUUCCAUUCUUACUGUCUACGUAAAAUGACCCUGCGUGCCUAUGUGUCAAUGCUGAAGUUUCAAGAUAAGUUGCAUUCACAUGAAUACUUUCGUAAAGCCGCAGCAGGAGCUAUCAGAUGCUACAUGAAGUUGCAUGAUUCUCCAAUAAAAGCAACAACAGAAGAGGGUGAUGAAAUGUCAAAGUUGCCUCCUUCACAAAGGAAGAAACUGAGACAAAAACAAAAAAAAGCUGAAGCUCGUGCAAAGAAAGAGGCUGAAGAAAAAACUGAGGAGGAAACGACUUCUGGCUCAUCAAAGUCUGGAAAGCGACAACAUGCCAGACCUGUUGAUUUAGAUCCUCAUGGGGAAAAGUUAUUGCAGGUUGAGGAUCCAUUAUUGGAAGCUACAAAGUAUUUGAAGUUGCUCCAGAGUAACUCUGCAAGCUCAUUGGAAACACAUAUUCUUUCUUUCGAGCUAAACAUGAGAAAGCAAAGGAUUUUACUUGCUUUUCAGGCUGUCAAGAAGCUGCUUAAGUUGGAUGAGAAUGAUCCUGAUUGCCACCGGUGUUUGAUAAGAUUCUUUCAUAAAGUCAGCAGUUUUCCUUCCCCAAGAACUGACACAGAGAAACUAAUUUGGAGUGUCUUAGAAUCAGAACAACCGGACAUAAGUCAGUUGCAUGGGAAGUCACUUAUUGAAGUUAACCGGUCUUUCCUUGAGAAGCACAAAGAUUCUUUGAUGCAUAGAGCUGCAGCUGCAGAAAUGCUUCUUGUUCUGGAGCCGGAAAAGAAGCUUGAGGCAAUUAAGCUAAUUGAAGAUUCUACAAACAAACUGGCACCAGUAGAUGGGGUGCUGGGACCAGUCAGGGAAUGGAUACUUGAUGAAUGUAUUGCAGUCCACAAAUUGCUUGAGACAGUAUUUAUUGAUAAAGAUGCUGCUUCCAGAUGGAAAGCACGAUGUGCAGAAUAUUUUCCAUACUCAACAUAUUUUGGAGGCUGCAGGAGCUCAGCUGUUGCUUAUUCUGUAAAUGACAAUGUACAGAAUGCACCAGAAAAUGGAGUUCUGGCCUAUCAAGAAGCUAAAAACGAAGACUCUCACUCGUUGAAUGGGAAAUUGCAUGCCUUCAAGGACCUGACCAUUUAAUAGUAUAGCAUGCUCUCUUUGGCUAACACGUACUGGAAUUAGAGGGGCUUGAUAGAUACACAGCAAGAGUUGCACCGGUGGAAUCCUGCUGCGCACAGGGAAGAGAAUCACUGGGGAACGGGAAUGGUUUUGCAAGAGCGCCACUCAGGGACUUUUGUCGGCACAUUGCUGUAGAGUUAUGUAGUUGAUUUGAGACUAACAUCUCGAAUAGCUCUUUGUAUUACACUCAUUAGUCUGUUCGAAAAUUGUAUUAUUAUUAAUCAUUGGGAAAAUGAUGAAAGGGGGUCUUCACCUUCAUCAUUCCAUCAGCGAUUUGGCCAUGGUGAGGUACAGUAGCUUGGAGCUUUUUAUGACCGCAGGUUCAGCGGUCUGACAGCUCGAAGGAUAAUAUUCUUUAAGCAGUGGGUUGAUGGUAUUUGUCUGGUUGUACUCAGCACUUCAUAUGGACGACUAUUUUUACGUGACUUGUGUUGCUAUUCAAUUAAAAAUUUUGGCAUAAACUCUGUAUUAUUUAAUUUGGUCUUCCAAGAUGAAAAAAUACGUGAUACUCUGAAA